CGCCCUGUUGCAAGACAAUCCAUGUGCGAUGUGCAGAUCCGUGGCACCUCACCUGUGUGGUGCCUGGAGGUAGUCACCUGCAAAUGCUCGGCAUCGCGCCUGCUUAAGUAGAGUCAACCGUCUUGCAGAUGACAGCUGAUCCGUUUCUGCUCACCUUCUUCAUCAUGUCAUCCACAGCGCCCAUCAAGGUCUUGAUCACUGGCUUUGGCCCGUUCAUAGAUGUCACGACAAACCCUUCGUGAGGAGAUAGCUGCCAGGCUUCCAGCCUCGAUCCCUGGUCUAGAUGGCGAAUCGAUCCAGUUGGUCGUUCCGACCGAUCCAAUGCCUGCAGCAUAUCACGACAUCAAGGAGCAGGUCACAGUCCUGAUUGAGACUCAUUCUCCCAACCUCGUCGUGCAUAUGGGCUUGGAAUUUCCUGACAUUCGUCGCAAGGUCUUCACACGUGCUGUGAAUAAAAAGGUCUUCGCAAAGUCACCUGUCUCGCUGUCAACAACCCUGGACACCGAUGCUGCGGAAGAGAUCUGGCGAGCCGGCUGCGCCUCAAUCACCCUUGCAACCCAGAAAGGUUCGCAACAUGACGCCAAGAAGGGAAUAAGGCCAAGGUUGCAGAACGUGCUUGUACAAAUCAGCGACGACAUUGGGACCUAUGUCUGUGGCUUUUGUUACUAUGUAGCGCUGCUCCACCUUCAGAGUCUUACCGGCAGACGGCACGCAGUGUUCUUCCACGUUCCGCCGCUAGAGACUGAGGCUGACAUAUUGGUUGGCGUGAGAGUGACACAAGAGGUGGUUCGCGCACUGGUCUAUGUCAUGUAA